AUAACCAAAUCAUUCGCACAUUUUUUGUAAUAAUAAUUAUGAGUGGACGGAAAUAAUUCAAUUCACCGUUAGAAGUUUUUGUAGGUGGAAGAUAAAAAAUUCAUUUUGGGAUUAAUUAGAGUUGGAAACGAACGAGAGGGAAAAAUGAGCUUCGAAGGAAAAUGGAGAUUUCUUUACUACUUGAACACUGUUCCUAAGAUAAAAAGGAUGACGGCAAAAAAAGUUUACAGACGUACAAGGCGUAAAAGCUCAGUCUAUAAAUCAAGACGAUUAAGGUAUAUCCAUCCAAUGCCUACGCGAAAGGGGCUUCUAGCCCCUCAAAACACGUUCCUGGAUACGAUAGCGACACGCUUUGAUGGAACACAUUCAAACUUCGUACUUGGAAAUGCUCAAGUAUCGGGCUAUCCAAUUGUAUAUUGCUCUGAUGGUUUCGUCGAAUUAUCAGGAUAUUCAAGAGCUCAGAUAAUGCAAAAAGGAACUCCAUUUUGGUGCCUCUUGGACAUCGUACCAAUCAAAAACGAAAAGCGAGAGGUUGUGCUAUUCCUUGCGUCACAUAAGGAUAUCACAACGUCUAAAAUGGCUGAGAUGUCUUUGUCAGACGAAUGUGACAGUGCUGCUCUCUUAGGUGCUCGAUUUCGAUGUGCUGAUACAUCGUUGAGUGUUGAAGAUGGAAUGGAAGGUAAUGGUCCACUCGACAUUCCAGCUGGUUGCAACAUGGGACGCAGGCGUUCCAGAGCUGUGCUUUAUCAACUUUCGGGACAUUAUAAUCUACUGCAUUCAACCAUUGAGCCGUUGCCUGAAUACAAAACUCAAUCACUGAAAAAAUCUCGUUUCAUUCUAUCGCAUUAUGGUGUGUUCAAAGGUUUUUGGGAUUGGUUGAUUUUAGUCAGUACGUUUUAUGUCGCAUUUGUCGUUCCAUACAAUGCUGCAUUUGUCCAAACUGAUCGUCUCACAAUGGCGAGUGAUGUAAUUGUUGAGGCUUUAUUUAUUGUAGAUAUUCUCCUUAACUUCCGAACGACAUUUGUUUCACGCAAGGGUGAAGUGGUAUCGGAUAGCAAACUGAUUGCCUUAAAUUACCUUCGCGGGUGGUUUGUUGUUGACUUCCUUGCCGCAAUACCUUUCGAUCAUCUGUAUGCCAGCAACUUACUCUCUGGAGAGGUUUGCUUUUCUCUCGUCGCCCAUUGGUUAGCUUGUGUUUGGUACGUGAUUGCUGAGAAGGAGAGACUUUAUAACGAUCAAGAGUUUGACGUAGGAUGGAUCAACAGUUUAGCAGAGAGAUUCAAGAUUCCGGUCUCGAACAUUACACAAGGUGAAGCUUACAUCACAGCUCUCUAUUUUACGUUCAGCAGCUUAACUUCGGUUGGCUUUGGAAACGUAUCAGCAAACACAUUCUACGAGAAGAUUUUCUGUGUCAUCAUGAUGUUGAUUGGAGCUUUAAUGCAUGCUGUCGUUUUUGGUAAUGUUACUGCAAUCAUUCAACGUAUGUAUGCGCGACGGUCGCAAUAUCAAACCAAAUGGAGAGAUUUGAAAGAUUUCAUAGCGCUUCAUCAGAUGCCUAAAGAACUCAAACAAAGAAUGCAAGAUUACUUUCAAACUGUUUGGUCUCUCAACCAUGGCAUAGACAUACAUGAGACACUCAAAGAAUUCCCAGAAGAGCUUCGGGGUGAUGUAAGCAUGCAUUUGCAUAGGGAAAUCCUACAAUUGCCAAUAUUUGAAGCAGCUUCGCAAGGCUGCCUCAAGUUACUUUCACUACACAUCAAAACAAACUUUUGUGCUCCUGGUGAAUAUUUAAUACACAAGGGCGAUGCCCUCGCUUACAUUUAUUACAUUUGUAAUGGAAGUAUGGAAGUGAUGCAGAAUAAUAUGGUUGUAGCCAUUCUUGGUAAAGGUGAUCUCGUGGGUUGUGAUAUAUCGCUGAAUUUAAUGCAUAAUGGGCAACUGAGCGGUGGUGGAGGUCAAGGGGGACAAGAUUUUAUUCUUAAAAGCAGUUCAGAUGCUUUAACCUAUUGUGAUUUGAAAUGUAUUCACAUAUCCGGUUUGAUUGAAGUAUUAAGGCUGUAUCCGGAAUAUCAGCAGGAGUUUGCGAAUGACAUUCAACACGACCUUACAUACAAUCUUCGAGAAGGUUACGAAGCGGAGACUGAAUCUGAAAAUAAUGGUCAUUGCUUGGCACUUCCAUCCAUUAGUGAAGACGAUGAGAAUCAACCGGAAGACGGUGUUAGCAAUAGUUCAUCGCCUCGUCAUCCAAGCAUCACACGGUCACCAAUUCAUGGCGUGUCAACAGCAAGCCCAGCACGUCAUGCGAAACUUUUACAAAAACGACAAACACUCAUUGCUCUCAAAGAGAAAUCUUUGUCGCAAAAGUCUCGUACGCCAAGUGUUGGAAACAGCCCGGUUAGCAUUAAGAGUGGUGGUAAACGAAUUAUACCGGAGAAUGUGUCGGAUGACGAGGAGCAAGAAGAAGUAAAGGAAGAAAAGCCGACAAAUAUUCGUCACUCUGUAGAACGUCUCGACACUCAAGUAUCAACACUUCAUCAGGAUGUGGCGACACUUAGCAUCGAGGUGAGAAAUGCUAUUCAAGCAUUACAGGAAAUGACGUACUCAACAUUCACUCAUAUGGAUCAUCAUGUACCAGCACGUUCAAUUCCAAAUCUUCAGAAUGGUGUCAGUGGUCAGCAUAUUGCUCAAGAAUAUCUCACAAGAAGUUCAUCGCAGCCUGCAGAGAUUUGGCAUCGAAGCAAUCCUCACAUAAAAAGCACAUCCGACUUAUUAUGUACAUCAAAUCAAUCAUUUUCCAAUGUUGUGACUCACAAAUCAACGCAAACUGAGUCAGCAUUCGAUUAUGAAUUCCUAGAAAAUUUGGUUUUAACAAAUUCUCAACUAGUCUUAAAUAUUCUGAGUGUCAAUACAGCAAUGCCAGUCAAUUUUCCAGUUCCUGAAAUUAAGCCUCUUAAUUGUUUAAGCACUUUAUCGACUAUACCAGAGGCGAUUUCAACGGAGCCCAGUUGCAGUAAUUUACAUGAUUUGUCGAGAGAAAAUGUAGUUGAACAUGAGCAGCCUUGGUGCAUAGAAUCCAUUCAAGAUGAAUCAGAAUCUGAAUUGUUCAACACCAAGAGCAUCACUUGA